AUGUUAAAGAUUGUAUAUCCAAGUUUUUCAAAAUUAUUUACAAUUUUCAGAAGUAAGAGAAUAAGAUCACCAUCAGUUUCAAUGGAUUAUUUACAAAAUAGUUUUUCAUCAUCAGAUGAUGAAGUUAGUAGUAAUAAUAAAAAUAUUUUAAAAUCAAAUAUGUUUAUAAAUAACCCAAAUAAUCACACUUUAUCACCAUUAUUAAAUAUAUCAUCCUCUUCCUAUUUAUCAAAUUUAUCAUCAGGAUCUUCAUCGUCUUCAUCAUCAGAAUCAGAUGUGGACAAUUCAUGUAUCGACUCAUUAGAAUUAUUUAAACUAUCCGAUGAUUUUGAAGAAAGCGAAAUAAUACUAAAUCAAGUUGGUCCAGAUAAAUAUAACGAUCUUGUAAAUAUAUUCUCCAAAUCCCAUGAAAACCUCUGUUUAAUGCUAAAAGAAAUCAAUAGGGAAACAAUGGAUAAUGACACAAUUGAUGGCCAAAUAAUACCGGAUAAAGAAUGGGAACGUUGUUUAUGUUGCAAGAAAACUCAUACCAUCAACGACUAUAAACAUAUCGAAUGUAUAGGUAAAGGUGGUUAUGGUGUAGUAUGUAAAUUUAUAAAUAAAUCAACUCAAAAUAUAUGUGCUAUUAAAACAAUCAAAAGGGACCAUUUAGCUUUAAAAGAAAUCAAUACUCUAAUAGAAUUGGGAAAAAAAGAUAAACAAUUCACUGUAAAUAUAUUUCACACUUUUUUAUCCCCAUGCAAAGAAAAGAUAUUGAUCGAGAUGGAGUAUUUAGAAGGCGGUGAUUGCUCAUAUCACCUUGAAGAUGCUGGUGCUUUCCCUGAAGAUAUUGCCAAACAAUAUAUUGCCGAAACCGUUUUAUGUUUAGAGUACAUUCAUAACAAUUCUAUUGUACAUGGCGAUAUUAAACCAAACAAUAUGGCAAUAGAUAAAGAAGGUCAUAUAAAGCUAUUAGAUUUUGGAAGCUCAAAGAAAUUUAAUCAAAAGAAACCUACCUCCACCAAUGGAAUAUUAGGCUCCCCAAGAUACAUUUCUCCAGAAGUGUUAUUAUUUGAACCACAAAGUCCAGCUGUAGAUUUUUGGGCUUUAGGUGUUGUAUUAUUCGAAUUAAUAACAGGUUCAACUCCAUUCAUUGGUGAUACACCAGAAGAAAUAUUCGAUAGUAUACUUUCAAGAAAUACUGAAGAAGUUAUCAUCCCUAAAGAUGCUAAUGAUUUAAUAACUAAAUUAUUAGAUCCAAAUCCUGCCACCAGAAUCGGUUCAAAGGAUAUAAAGACUCAUCCUUAUUUUAAUGAUAUAGAUUGGGAAAAUUUAAAAUCAACCCCACCAUCAUGGAAACCCAAAUCAACUAAUAAUUUUAUUUGUAGAGGUUCAUGUAAAUUAAUUAACUCUUUUUAA